AUGUCUAACCAGCAUUGCCGUGGUACUUCUUCAAUUACCCAAUUUUCAGCCAUGGCCUAUUCUACCAUUAUACUCCUCUGUGCAGCCCUAGCUCAAGCGGUCCAAGCAGCAACCCACCUGCCUGGACCAUCCGGGCCAUGCAGGGUGCAGACAACACACGCGAAACUACUCGAUACCUCGCGCGUCGAUCCCUUCAGCCCUACCCAUGACAAGCGAGCGAUCAUGGCAACUUCAUACGUGCCUGUCAAUUGCGGACAUACCAAGUUCGAACCAUAUCUUCCUCCUCAUACAGAAGCAGUAACAGACCAGCUGUUUCGAUCCUACGGGAUGCCCAACGGGACAACAAUAAAAGGUUUCCGGAUUGAGUCCGGGUUCGCCUCCAAUGACACAUCGCCUAGCGACAAACAAUACCCUGUCAUAAUCUUCUCCCCAGGCUUAGGAGCGUCCCGAUUGUACUACUCUUUAAUCCUCGAGUCCGUAGCCAGCACAGGCUUCGUGGUAGUCUCCGUGGACCAUCCCUAUGACACCUCGAGUGUGGAUUUCCCCGACGGCAGCGUUAUAUACGGUGUCAACGUCUCUGCAGCCGAUCCUGUCACCUUAAAUACCCGCGUCCAAGAUGUCAUCUUCACCCUGGACCAAAUACACGACAACCCGCACCUUAUACCAUCCUCUUUCACAGACACCCUCGAACUCGACAGAGUCGCUAUAGUGGGCCACUCAUUCGGUGGCGCGACAGCCGCAGCCGCGAUGCUGAACGAACCCCGUUUUGCGGGUGGGCUGAACUUCGACGGAGCGCUCUGGGGCCCCGUAGUCGAAGAGGGUCUCGACCGGCCUUUUAUCAAUUUUGGACACGCGAACAUUACACAACUGGAUAACAAUAGCUGGGGAAAGAUCUGGCCUCAUCUUCGGGGAUUCAGGCGAGAGCUUCAGCUGGCUGGUUCCCUGCAUCUCACCUUCACGGACUUCCCGUUGAUUCGGGAUGUUGGUGGGUGGCCCGUGAAGGUGAAGCAGGGCACGGAGGAGCUCUUAGGUUCGCUUUCUGGGUUGCGGGUUAGGGCUAUUUUGACGGAGUAUAUUGUUGCGUCGGCUACAUUUUUUAUUACUGGGGAGAAGAGUAAGCUCUUGGAUGGGCCGUCGAGUGACUAUCCUGAGGUAAAAUAUGUAGCUUAG